GACGGCUUCUGUGGAAAAGCACGGAGACAUGACAUGCACAAGAAAAAAGAGGAAACGAAGUUAUGACUUUUGCAGGCCUAAACCCUUCGCGUUUUAGAAUGAAGUGUGCAGGAGCCCUCGCCUAACGCACAUUUGGACCAGUGAUCAGGUUUGCCUCUUUGCCUCUGUCCUGUCAGGUGGUCGCCGGAGCCCUGGUGUUUCAUGUAGACCGCAACAGACGUCCAGUCUGCCAUAGUCUGGAGGACAAGUGGCCCCCCCACAGCAGGCUUCUGGAGAGAGGAUCCAUCAGUGAGAUGAAAAAACACACCGACAAACAGACCUUGCUCGAAAUGGCCCGAGGUGGAUCGAGGUGUUCCUUUUCCUUGUGAACCGCGGAAAAAGAAGCAACCACGAGGACGAAAGAACGACCAGCAGGCGGGGGAGGCGGCGGUGGAAAGGUGGCUCUGGUGUUAGAAGAAGGAGAAGAAGAAGAAGAGGCGGCGGCGGCGGCAUUGGAGGGUGGACUUUCGGGAUGGCAAAUGGAAAUGAGAGCAACGAAGGGCCCGCGGGGCCCAUGGCGGCAGUGGCCGCCACUGCAGGAGGUAUGGUAGCGGAGAGUUCUUCCUCAGUGGUCACCACCUACAUUAAGCUGGUUUUACUGGGGCUGAUAAUCUGCAUCAGUUUAGUCGGCAACCUGGUGGUGUCUCUGCUCGUUCUGCGGGACCGGGCUCUGCACAAGGCACCUUACUACUUCCUGCUGGACCUCUGCCUGGCGGACACCAUUCGCUCAGCCAUCUGCUUCCCCUUUGUGCUGGUGUCCAUAAAGAACGGCUCAGCCUGGACCUACAGCGUUCUGAGCUGCAAGGUGGUGGCCUUCAUGGCAGUGCUCUUUUGUUUCCACGCCGCCUUCAUGCUCUUCUGCAUUAGCGUAACCCGCUACAUGGCCAUCGCGCACCACCGCUUUUACUCGAAGCGCAUGACGUUCUGGACGUGCGUGGCAGUCGUGUGCAUGGUGUGGACGCUGUCCGUGGCGAUGGCCUUCCCGCCCGUUUUCGACGUAGGCACCUACAAAUUCAUCCGCGAGGAGGACCAGUGCAUUUUCGAGCAUCGCUACUUCAAGGCUAACGACACGCUGGGCUUCAUGCUGAUGCUGGCUGUGCUCAUCCUGGCCACGCACGUCGUGUACAUGAAGCUACUCCUUUUCGAGUACAAGCACCGCAAGAUGAAGCCCGUCCAGAUGGUUCCAGCCAUCAGUCAGAACUGGACCUUCCACGGGCCAGGGGCUACGGGCCAGGCGGCAGCCAACUGGAUUGCAGGCUUCGGUAGGGGCCCCAUGCCGCCCACUCUGCUGGGAAUUCGGCAGAACUUGCACAAUCAGAACCGGCGUUUGCUGGGCAUGGAGGAGUUCAAAACGGAGAAGCAGCUCGGCAGGAUGUUCUACGUGAUCACCCUGCUGUUCCUGGUGCUUUGGUCUCCCUACAUAGUGGCUUGCUAUUGGAGGGUGUUCGUCAAGGCUUGCACAAUACCACACCGGUACCUCUCCACCACUGUGUGGAUGAGCUUUGCCCAAGCUGGGGUCAAUCCUAUCGUCUGUUUCUUCUUUAACAAAGACUUGAAGAAAGGGCUCCUUUCCUACCUACCAGCCUGCUGCAGGACUAAACCUCAUCUACCACGAGAGCCUUAUUGUGUUAUUUAACCAGAGAUGAUGAUCUGAAGAGAGAGCAGUAAGCAGACGUAUUGCAUAUUGUAUUUGCUUGAGUAAUUGUGGCAUUUGAUGCAAUGCAAGCUACUUUUAAGCAGUGGGUGUAAACUAGUGAGUGCAGUGGUAAAAAAAAUUAAAAAAAAAAACUAAACAAAACAAAACAAAAAAACCCUUUUGACUCAAAAGCAUAUAUGGAGUAAGACUUUAAAAAUAAAAUACUUUAAUAGCAAAAUAUGCCAGUAAUAAUGCAGUCACUGUGGAAACCAUGCUAAAAAAAAAAAAAGAGAAAAAAAAGAAAAGAAAUAAUAAAUA